AGUCUUAGUUCAUCCUGCUUUGUAGGUGAAAGUUGAAGGUUAUUUAAAAAAAAUGAGUGACAUUAAAUCUAAGAGGAAAUUGAGACGGCAAAUCAGUGAGAGAGCAUGGAAGAACGAAUUCUCAGACGCACACAGAUCAAUUGCAGUUUUUACUUCUGGAGGCGACUCUUGUGGAAUGAAUUCGGCUGUUCGAGCCGUAGCGAGAAUGGGAAUUUAUGUGGGAUGUAAAGUUUACUUAAUCAAAGAGGGCUAUCAAGGUAUGGUUGAUGGAGGAGAAAACUUUAUUGAGGCCGAAUGGAAGACCGUUUCAGGUAUAAUGCAGAAAGGUGGAACUGUAAUUGGAUCCGCUAGAUGCAAAGAUUUUAGAACAAGGGAGGGUCGUUUAAAAGCAGCUUUGAACUUAAUUGAGAGAAAAAUCACCAAUUUGGUUGUUAUUGGAGGCGAUGGUAGUUUGACUGGAGCUAACUUAUUUCGACAAGAAUGGACAUCUCUACUUGAUGAACUUAUUUCUGUUGGGAAAAUUACAAAAGAAACUGCAGAACUAUGUAGCCACUUGAACAUAGUAGGCAUGGUUGGAUCUAUCGACAAUGAUUUUUGCGGUACUGAUAUGACUAUCGGUGCAGACUCUGCUCUUCAUAGAAUCAUUGAGGCUAUCGAUAACAUUGCAACAACGGCUUCUUCUCAUCAGCGUUGCUUUGUUAUGGAAGUUAUGGGUAGGCAUUGUGGAUACCUUGCCCUCGUAGCUGCCCUGGCUAGUGAAGCUGAUUGGGUGUUUAUUCCUGAAUGGCCUCCAGAAACGGGUUGGAGAGACGUUCUCUGCAACAAAUUACAGAAAGAGAGAUCUAUGGGUCAAAGACUAAACAUUAUAAUUGUAGCCGAAGGAGCAGUUGAUAUGGAGGGCAAUAAGAUUACGUGCGACAUGGUUAAGGAUUUAAUCAUCACUGAGUUAAAAUAUGAUACAAGAGUAACCAUAUUAGGCCAUGUUCAAAGAGGGGGAAGUCCAUCAGCUUUUGAUAGAGUCUUAGGUUGCAGAAUGGGCGCCGAAGCCGUUUUGGCGUUAAUGGAUGCUACACCUGAUACACCAGCGUGCGUUGUAUCUUUGGACGGUAAUCAAACUGUAAGAGUUCCCCUUCUGGAAUGCGUAGAGAGAACGAAACGCGUUCAGGCGACGAUGGACAAACAGGAUUUUACCGAUGCAGUAAAACUGCGGGGAAGGAGCUUCAUGAAUAACCUGGAUACUUAUCGAAUGCUUAGUAAAAUUAAGCCGCCUUCUGAGCUUUCUGAUCUUGAGGGAACCCGUCAUGCGCUUCCUUACAAUUUGGGUAUUAUGAGCGUCGGUGCACCAGCCUGUGGUAUGAAUGCUGCUAUGAGAGCGUUCGUUCGACUGAGUUUAACCAGCGGAUAUGGAGUUAUUGGAAUUCAUGAUGGAUUCGAAGGAUUAAAAAUAGGAGAUGUUCAUCAUCUUGGAUGGACCGAAGUACACGGUUGGGCAGGAAUCGGAGGUGCUCGUUUGGGAACAAAUAGAACUCUACCAAAUGAGAUUGGUUUUAGCGUAAUCGCUAGCAAACUAAAGGAGCACAAGAUUGAUGGCCUUUUAAUUGUUGGUGGCUUUGAAGCCUUCCAUUCCGUGGUCUUGUUGGAAGCUGCAAGAAAAGAUUUUAAAGAAUUUUGCAUACCAAUGACCGUUAUUCCAGCAACUAUAUCUAAUAACGUACCCGGAACUGACUUUUCGUUAGGAGCUGACACUGCUCUUAACGAAAUAACAGAUAUUUGCGAUAGAAUCAAGCAAAGUGCCGCUGGCACAAAAAAUCGUGUGUUUGUUGUAGAAACAAUGGGAGGUUAUUGUGGCUAUUUAGCGACCCUCGCUGGUUUAGCUGGUGGAGCCGAUGCGGCCUAUAUCUUUGAAGAGGAUUUCAAAAUUGAGGAUCUUCAAAAGGAUGUUAAGCAUAUGGCAGCCAAAAUUAAAGAUGGAGUUAAGCGAGGUUUAGUAUUGAGAAAUGAAAAGGCGAACAAAAACUAUACGACUGAAUUCAUCAAUAGACUCUAUAUGGAAGAAGGUAAAAAAAUUUUCAGUUGUCGUAUGAACGUUCUUGGUCACAUGCAACAGGGUGGAGUUCCCUCGCCAUUUGACCGUAACAUGGGAACCAAAAUGGCUGCAAAAUGCGUCGAUUGGCUAACUGACAUGGUAAAAAAGUGCAGGACCGGCGCUGAAGGUGGUCACGAUGUCUACACCGAUAAACCUGAGACUGCAACUUUGCUGGGUCUCAGAAAGAGAAUCAGCUGUUUUACACCAGUAACGGAGCUUAUCUCUAUUUCUGAUUUUAACAGGAGAAUGUGUAAUGAAAAAGCGUGGUGGAUGAAUUUGAGACCAUUGCUCAGAAUUUUAGCAAAGCAUGAGAGCAUCUAUGAAGUUGAAAGUAUAGAUGGAAGAGCAAAGGAAAUAGAUGAUGAAAAUCAUUUUUAA